AUGACAACAGAGCUCACAAGUAAACAGAAAGCACGUGAGAAUGAUCGCGCAAGGAGGACGAAAGAUGGGGUUACUCAACUACCUCGCAAAAAGUUCUAUCGCCAAAGAGCGCACGCAAAUCCUUUCUCUGAUCAUAUGCUAGAAUACCCUAAAUCACCAGACGAUAUGGAUUGGUCCUUAUAUUUUCCACAUUACGUCCAGGAGGGAACGCCAGAGGAUCCCUCAAAGCCUCCUAAACUGACAAAAGACGUGGAAAUUGUCGACAUUGGCUGUGGUUUUGGAGGUCUUCUCAUUGCUCUAGCGCCCAAGCUACCUGACACUCUCACACUCGGCCUGGAAAUCCGAACACAAGUAGCAGGCUACGUUCAAGAACGUAUAAAAGCAUUGCGAUCACAAAACUCGGACAACAUGUAUCAGAACGUGGGCUGCAUUCGAGCAAACACUAUGAAGUUCCUCCCGAAUUUCUUCAAGAAGGCUCAACUAUCCAAGAUCUUCAUCUGCUUUCCCGAUCCUCACUUCAAGGCCAGGAAGCACAAAGCCAGAAUUGUAUCGACGACACUGAACUCCGAAUACGCUUAUGCGCUACGACCAGGCGGCAUUGUGUAUACUAUCACCGAUGUCGAGGACCUACACUUGUGGAUGGUUCAGCACCUUGAGGCUCAUCCUGCUUUUGAGAGGAUAUCGAAAGAGGAAGAAGAGGCGGAUGAAUGUGUCCAGGUCAUGUCGACUGAGACUGAGGAGAGCAAGAAGGUCACGAGAAAUAAUGGACAGAAGUUUGUAGCGUUGUUCCGAAGGUUAGAGGAUCCUCCGUGGUAG